GAAGAAAAACCAAAAAAAAAAACAAAAAAGCUUCGUCCUUUUGCAAAGCCAAGGGGAGGGGGAAGGUGAAGAAACCUGCAAAAUCCCUUCCCUUCUUCUUCUUCUUCUUCAAAAAGUUUCACCAUUUCUUCCUUAAUCCGCCAUAACCACACAUAGAAGGAGAAGAUGAAGCAGUGUACUCACGGAAUCGAUGGUUUACGAAGCGGUCUUUCACCUUCUGCUAAACCAUUCGCAAUCGGGUCUUCUUCUUCUCUCAAAUCUGAACACGAAGAUUACAUCUGGAGUGAUUACACUUUAGACCUUUCUUUCUUGUCCUCUGAUGAUCAGAGAAGUGGUCUCGAUGAUGAUGAUUCUCUUUCUAACUUGUCUCGCGAUGUGGAGACUAACAAAGAAGGAUUGUUUUUGGUGGACAAGAUAGCUUGCUCUGGAAAGGUUUUGGUGAACUCUAAUCCAGUUUUCUCGAAAUUGCCUGAGGUAUUGAUUGAGGAGUCCUCUAAUGUUGUUGGUGAUGCGGAGUUGGGUUUGUCCUGUAUCAGCACAACUGUUAUGUCUGAGAAAUCUUCUAUAGGUUCUGAUGAAGAUGACUCUGAGGAAGAUUCUCCUUGCUGGAAAGGAAUGCAUUCUCACAAGACUUCAAGACGUUCUAUUGAUGAUCUUAGUGGGUUUCGUAGAUUGAAUCCCUUGGCACCUCAGUUUAUACCAUCUAAUUCUAAGAAGAAACUCGAAACUGAUGAGAAGGGUUCUUCUUCAUCGUCUUUGAAGAAGUCUCUAUCUUCAACUUUUCCAUCAUCUUCUGGCGAGUUCAACUUAACUGAUCCUACUGAAGAUGGAAGGAAUGAUGCGGCAGGGACAAGCGUCUUAACACGUAAUACAGAUGACAUUUUUGGUUUUGUAUCUAGUGAUAGUACAUCCAAGACCGUGAGCAUUUCGGAUUCUAGAAAUGAAUUCCUACCUUCAAAAAGGUUGGAUCCUUUGGCCCCUGUCUUUGUUCCCUCUAGUGCAAAACCAAGUCCUUCUGUCCAUGAGAAGCAAGGAGCCUUUAACACAAAUGGAACUUCAGAUGAUAAGUCACUAAAUAAGGUCAAGGUGGUGACAUCUUCUGGAGAAGUUGGCCACAGUUUAAAGAGUCUAUAUGGUGGUCAUGAUUUGAAUUCGACAUCUUCAUACAAUCCGUGGAUUGAAUCUAAUGUUGGGAAUACUGAGUAUACAAAACCAGGAAGCUCCAGCAACAGAUCUCAUGGUCAGCGGAGAUUGAAUCCAUUGGCCCGUCAGUUCUCUCUUGCAGAUACUAAACCGAAAGCAUAUAACUAUGAGAAGAACCAAGCUGCAGAUGAUUUAUCGCUAGUGGGGAAUACUGCCGGUUUAUACGUUCCAAGUGCUUAUAGGGACCAUAGUAUAGUAGAUGCAGACUUAGCACAAUCCCCAGUAUAUGUGGAACGUGUUCUUCCCAACAUGUCACGUGGAAGUUCUUCACUUAUAUCUCCAAAGCCAGACAGUAACUUUCGGUCUAAUAAGUGGUUUGCGGUGGAGCCUAAUCCUACGUUUUCAGUAAAGGGUAAUAAAGGUUUUAAGCAUCCUCUUCCAUUUCAUGUUGUAGAAACUGCAGCGAGUUCAUCAUUAAGCGAUAUGAAUGCUUUACCGGGCCCAUCUCCAAAAAUGGAUGUGAAGAAACUACUUACAACGAUGCAUGGACUGUCAGAGUUACUAACACUUGCACAUGGUUCAGAUUCACCGAAUGCGGAAGAGCUUGAUCUCAUUAACAGUACUGUACAGAAUCUCAACUUGUACAUGGAAAACAACAUUCAGGACCAUGCUGGGAAUCAAAGCAUUGCACGACGCAAUUCAUAUGAUAUAAAGCUGUUACCUAACAAGAGUAAGCUAUCGAUUAGAGACCUUCAGCUUCCCACGGCAAACAAUAUGACUGUAGACCUUGAUGUGAAAAGGAAGGAUAAAUACUCUGUGGUUUCAAGGGAGACUGUCCCAGAUUCUCGUUUGUAUCAAUAUGGUGCGAUCAAAGAUAACGGCUUUGGUCAGGUUGUGGCUACAAGUGGUUACCAACAGAAUCAUCAAGGCGAGGAGCAGAUUAACCAACAUGCACUAUUCUAUAAAAGCUUAUGGCUGAAGGCUGAAGCAGACAGGUGUUUGAUGGUGUACGAGACUUCUCUUACCAAUCCAACUCUUUGAGGAUAUUAGAAUUAGAAAGGUGACAUCAAAUCAUCCAUAAUUCAGAAUAUACUUUGAAGGGCAAUUACAUGUCAGAUUGGUAAGGCGCUUGCGCAAGGUUUGCUUUCGAUUUUGCAGGUUGGCCUGUAAAAUAUCAAAAAAACAGCCUCAAGAUCUCCAAUUUCUGGAUGGAGACUAUGAGGCAUUAAAAUCUUUUUCCUCUGAAGUGGCUGACACAUAGUUGUGCAGAAGAUGAAGUUGGUGAACUUGGAUACUGUUUGGACGUGGAACCUUUUUAUUUGGUGAUGAUCGUAAUGCUUUCUUGUUUAUGGUCCUGAUCUUUUGAUUAUCAGAUGUAUAAACAAACCUAUGUAACUUUUUUCUUAAAUACCACGUUAUCACUCUUUUUGCUAUAUAGUAAUCUUCUUGCCC